CCCUGUCGGCGCCAGACACCUUGACUGUCGUGACUGUUUACGUCCACAACCUUAGCUCAAAAGACUCCGUAUGGUCACGGAAACCUUGCAACUUCUUCUCCAAAGACUCCACGGUCAGGGGCCGCACUGUUGCAAAAGAACCGGACACACCCACGACACCCAACCACGCGAUUCCCUUCGAUCCAAUCGAUCCCCAUCCGCGGGCCGCCGAGGCAUGCUGGUUAAUUAGUUGUGCAACUGCCUAGCACAAUUCUUUCUUAUUUCCGCCCUUCUCUCGGCCCUCCCCCUCCAUUCAUCCUUCUAAGUCCUUUCCCCCCCCCUCGCCAGCUCGUGUCAUUGCCUCCCCGGAUCCCCCGGAUGAGCUUCUUUUCUCUUUGUUUUUCUCGUUCGAGUUGAGAGAGUGAGAGAGAAUUCAUCCCCCCGAGAGAGAGGCUCAGAGCAAGUAGAGGUUCGCGAUGGCGUCAAGGUACAAAGACAAGGACGGCGGCGUCGCGCUGGUCUUCAAUGGCCAGUGGAUCAGCUACCUGCAUACUGCUACAGCUUACACUGCCUUCAUCAGCGCAUUUAUAGUAGGCGUCUCGCUGCAUUACCACAAGAUUGUCCAAAAUGAGUGGUACGGAUACCCCGACGAGUGGUUCCCCUCCGUUUCCGCGACAAUUGGCGACCGAUACCCCGAGCGGUCCUUCUUCAUGUUCUUCAUCGCAAUCACCUCUGGCCCGCGAUUCGCACUCGUCGGCCUGUGGUACCUCUUGACGAGGAGACCCGGACAGACACUGCCAAAGUUUACUCUGGCGAUGGGCAUCUUGCGCACGUGUAUGUGCGGAGGCUUUACAUACGUAACCUCGACCGACGCCCACGACUGGCACGACAUCUUUAUGAUCUCCUACAUUGUCGCAUCCCUCCCGUGGACGAUUGGAUGCGUCAUGCUGAGCCCGCCGAACCCCCAGGCCAUCAAGUACCGCAAGCUGAUUGCCAGCUCGUUCUUCGGUACCUUGGUGCCCUUGAUCUACUUCUUCAUCCAGCACAAGGUCCACCGCGUUGCGGGAGCUUACACGAUCUACGCCUUCUUCGAAUGGGCCCUCAUCCUCUUCGACGUUGCCUUUGACGCCGUGACGGCUCUCGACUUCAGCACUUUCGAAGUGGUAAUCAAGGAUGUCAAGGGAGCAAGCAAGGGUGAGAAUCGGUCAUCCGUUCCGUCCGCCGUGCUUGAGAAGCAAAAGGAAAAGGCGAGCGCAAACAUGUUGACUGGCCGCUUCACCUGGACCGAGGCCCUCGACACCGCCGCCGAUGUCUACCACGGCUUCAUCUUUUGGUCCAUGUUGACCAGCUUGGGAGUCUUGGUGUGGUACUUCCCCCUUUGGCACAUGGGCAUCUCUGGCUACGAGGCCUUUGUCAUGUCAACCAUCUUGCCCGCAAUCUUGGGCAUUCGCAGCGUUCGCUCCCUCGUCGUCAACAACCAGCGUGCGAUCCACCUCAUCUCGCUGAUCGGACUGCUGGCUUACCAGGUUCUUGACCCGGCCUACCGUCUCUUCACCGUUGGCUUCGCCGUGGCCACUUCUUGCCUCGGCUGGACUGCUGCGUUCUGGUCCGAGAGAGCCCACCAGAGCCGUCUCGAAUCCCGAAUCAUGGCUUGGACCCUAGGUCUCGUCGCAUCUUCCACGGCCAAAUUCAUCUGGUGGACCAACAACCCGCUGUGGCCUGUCAUGCACGCCGCCAACGGAGGUUGGAACGCGACUGGCUUUGCCAUUGCUGUGGUAGCUGCUCUGCGAUUCACUCGGAGAGCGCCCCUGACUAGCGGCGAUAUUCCGGAAGACUCCAAGAAGGGUGGCUCUUCUGUCCUCGCUGCCUUUGGCGUUGGUGGUCUCUUCUUCGGCAUCCACUCCCUGCUCUCUGAUACCAGCACCAUGAUCCUUUGGGUCUGGGACGGUUACCCGAUCCGUGGACCUACUUCCAACACCUACGGCUGGAUGACUAUUGUCGCAAUGACUGCUGGUCUCCUGGUCGGCCUCUACCGCCCUUCCGUAAUGAGCUCGUGGACCGCCUACGGCGUUGGCUGUGUUGGUGCGGCCGUCUUGACCUCAUACCACCACUGGUUCGGCUACUACGGUGCUCUCACCACGGCCUUCUACCUGAUGGGUCUGUCUGUGCCUUUCCUUUCCACCGCGGCCAAGAGAAGCCCUGGCACAACAUUCGGUCUCGGGUUCUUCAUCUACAACAUCAUGGUUCUGUUCCACGUCUGGGUCGUUGCCUAUGCAUUCGUGCCUGGUGGCCCCUUGGUUCGCGAGCACACUGACUGGGUCAUGAUGACCACAUUUAUCCUCAUCGGCGCCGGUGUCUUCGACCUUACCUCCUCGCAGGCCCGCCGCCGCGAUACCCGCCGCGCAUCCCCGUCGCAGCACAAGAAGUACAACACGAUCGCAGCCGCCUUUGUCAACAUCGUCUUCCUCGCCGCAGCCUUCAUGCGCUUCCCCACCAACGACUACAAGCCAUACCACCCUGAAGAUCGCAUCAUGACGGCCGGUAUCUGGACCAUUCACUUCUCCCUCGACAACGACAUGUGGUCUUCCGAGUACCGCAUGCGCGACCUCAUCAAGGAGCUCGAACUGGACGUUGUGGGUCUCCUCGAGUCUGACCUGCAACGCAUCAUCAUGGGCAACCGCGACACCACGCAGUUCCUCGCCGAGGACCUCGGAAUGUACGUCGACUACGGCCCAGGCCCCAACAAGCACACCUGGGGCUCCGCGCUGCUCUCCAAAUUCCCGAUUAUCAAGUCGACGCACCACCUGCUCCCCAGUCCCGUGGGCGAACUCGCACCCGCCAUCGCCGCCACCCUCGACGUGUACGGCCAAGAGGUCGACGUCUUCGUGUUCCACUCCGGACAGGAGGAGGACCCCGAAGACCGCCGUCUGCAGACCGAGUACCUCUCCAAGCUCAUGGGCGAAUCAAAGAACCCCUCCGUCCUGCUGUCCUACCUCGUCACCAAGCCCCUGCAAGGUAACUACAACACCUACGUCAGCAGCACAUCCGGUAUGCACGACGUCGACCCGACCGACUGGGACCGCUGGUGCGAGUACAUCCUAUACAAGGGCCUCAAGCGCACUGGCUACGCGCGCGUCAGCCGCAGCACAAUCACCGACACGGAGCUGCAGGUGGCCAAGUUUGUCAUCCCCAAGUCCAAAGACGAGGUGCUGCAGGUCGAGGCGGUGGACGAGAAUACGCGAAAUAAGCGUGUUACGGAGGAGGAGGUGCCGCAGGGCUGGAGAUUCCCGGCCAUGUUCCGGGGCCAGGGCGUGCGUGAUCACCGGUACCACGUGUUCAACGAGCCGAGAUAUUACAAUCAUUGAUUUAUGGAAACGAAAACGAGUUUAUGGGGUAGGAAUUGGAUGAAGGCCGGGGUGUAAUGUCAAUGUUUUCUUAUGUUGGUGGCGGAGGUUGGGGCGUAUAUACUUAAUACAAUGAGAGUUUACCUGUUCAAUGAGCCUCUGGGUGUUUGCAUGUUUGGUGUAAGAGCGUGUGGGUUGCUGCCGAGACACUGUCCUACCUUUUAUUGCUACCGUUGCUGCCAUCCUAUCUUGCCUUUCCUCCGUAUCGAUGUCAUGGGCAAGGCCACCACUCUCUAUGAUCCCACCCAUUAUGUGUCUUGGUCAUGAUUGUUCACAGCUUCUUACUUUCC